AUGAGCGCAAAACACAACCUUCACGUCGCGCACCAUCUCCCAAGCCACAUCUCCCCCGCCUCGGUCGUAGCCGCGCUGCAUGACCACGACACAACCCUCACACUCCAAGCCCUUAGCUGUGGCUAUGAGACAGCCCCCAGCACCGCCGAAACGACCCUCAAAGAUACAUACUGGUAUCCGCCCGACCAAUACCCCGUCGCAACGUACCACGUCAGCGAGUGCAUAACGUGGUUCCCUGGUAUUGGGCAGUACGGGAAGAAGUACAUAACCUUCCCAGUCUGUUACCAGAACACGAGACAGGGCAUAAAGACGCGCGCAGAUGCGGCGGCGGGCGUGAUACUCAGGGCUGAAUACAGGGUGGUUGCAAAUGGCGAACUGGGUAGCGAGGUUGAGGGUGAGGGCAUGGGCGUCGGAGACGCGCAGUUUGUGCUAGUUGAAGAUGUGGAAGUCAGCUGCGCGUGGUGGCUGAUGCCUUUCGUAAAGGGCAAGAUGGAAGAAGGGCAUCGAAAUCUUUGUAGGAUGGUCAUCGAGAAGGUAGAGAAGAUGGUAAGCGAGGGGUGGGAGGGCCACGAUCCUGUGGCAUUUGGUCUACGCGGUGUUGCGAGCCGGCACGACAGCAGGAUAGAGGGUAUGGACGAUGUCAACACAGGGUUUGCGCAGGAAACGAGGGAACAUUAUGCGAAGCCACAGCCCGUGGUGUUUGGGCAGACACAUCAAGAUUUACCACGAUAUGCGGACGCGGAUGCGAUGGAGGAGGAGCGGCCGCACAUGUCCGCCGGGCCGCUACCGGAGAAGGUUACCUACGGAUAA